UCGAUUUACUGUCAGACGUGAUUUGUUAUAGUAAACACCACAUUUAACGCUUACUAAUUAAAGUUAUUAGAGGAAUAUAUAAAAAUGGUAACAAUUUCUUGAUGGUCGGCAACAGUAAGGAUAAAAUCAUGUGAGAAAAACCUGUCACACUUUCCUUAAAGUGGGGACUUUUAAUCUAUUGUAAAGAGAUAAGAUAAUACAGUCAACAAAAUAUUUUUAAUUUAGAUCGUCAUUUCAACGUACGUAUUCAAACAAACUUACCGUUCCAGAAAACUCUUUAGAAUGUCAGAUUACGAUCCCAGAUUUAACUAUCCGAGUUCCUUAUCGUAUCCCCCCCCUCCCGAAGGACGCUCCCCGCCUCCUCCUUAUGCAGAGCAUCGCGGUCCACCUCCCGCUUGCCAGUAUCCUCCACCUCCUGGGGGAUAUUACCCUCCACCACCCUUUGGACAUAACCCUUCAUCGUCUGAAGGGCAAUACCCACCUCCAGCAGGAGAAUGUCCAUAUCCUACUGCUCCUCCCCACGAUACAAAGGAUGCUGUACCUGUACCAGGAUACGGGGCACUUUAUCCCGAAUUACCCAAAACUUACUACCCUCCACCACCGCAUAGUAACUCGUCAAGCUCUUCUUCAUCUCCAUCAUCUACAUCUUCUAACCAUACGAGAAGCAAUGCAAAGAAGCAGCCUCCUAAGUAUGUCCCUCCUCCGCCAGGACCAAUUUAUAGACCACCCUCUAUAGACCCGUCUUACCGAGAACCUCCACCUCCUUACACACCUAGUCCACCACGACCCCAAACAAAUCAGACUUACUAUCACAACAAUGCCGGUUCUUUUUCUCUGCAUGUAACUUGCUGUUGUUGUUGUUGUUGUCAUUUUAACAACCCCAACAAUUCGCGACCUAACUACAAUGGUUGUCGCCACCGUCGUGGGCCACAUAAUAAUAAACAGCAUAGUCCACGGAUUCAGACUGCUAGUUAUGUUUCUCCGCCAAAACAAAAACGUACUGAAAAAGUCUUUAUCAAAACCUUAAAGAACGAAGCGAGAUAUUCCACGAAUGAACCUGUUCGCAGCCAUUAUGAAAGCGUACCUCUUGAGGGAGCGGGAUAUUACUGGAUAGACUGGACAUCAGACAAAGGAGUUCCCCCCACAGCUGUUCACGGAGGGAUAGACGUAGACGGGGCAGAGAUCUUUGUAGGACGUGCUUACCAUGAGGGAGAUUGGAUCCCAGCAAAGGUGAUUCCCAGCAGACAAGUGGCCUAUGUUGCAUAUGGGGGCGGAGAACACGUCAAACAUAAAUUUCAGGUUUUAUGUGAACAACGUUUCGAUUGGGUUCCUAGUGGUGGAGGCAACAUUCCCUUCGGAGCCGUUGAGGGAGGACGAACUUCAGAUGGAGAACUUCUGUAUAUUGGACGCGUUUGGCAUGAUGGAGCACAUACCGUAGGGAAAAUUCAUCCAACUCACAGAUGUCUCUACAUUCCAUUCAAUUGCACAGAAAUGAGUUUCUCAGAGUAUGAAGUAUUGGUGUUGAGAACUCAACAAUUCAAUAUGUCAGGACCAAGCUAUUACUGGAUGGAAUGGACGGCUGACAGGCCUGUACCACCAACCGCAGUUUCUGGCGGUAAAGACGCUGACGGCUCUCCAAUUUAUGUUGGAAGAGCUCUUCAUGAAAGAGAUUGGAUUCCGGCAAAGGUUAUACCAGACAGAAAGGUCGCAUACGUCCCUUUCGCCGGGGGUGAACACGUUAAAACAAAGUUCCAAAUAUUAUGUGAACAAAAAUUCGAAUGGGUGCCUGCUGAAAACGGUCACGUACCCCCUGGCGCAGUUGAAGGUGGAAGAACUUCUAACGGAGAAAUCCUUUACAUCGGAAGGGUUUCCCACGGCAAAGCCCAAACCAUUGGAAAGAUUCAACCCAGCCACGGCUGUUUAUACAUCCCAUACGAUAGCAAAGAGCAGAGUUUCAAAAAAUACGAAGUCUUAGUACUAAUUAAGUAAAUAUUUUUUUUAUAAAUACUGUAUGUUCAAAAGUGUAUUAAUUUCUACCAAUAAAUGCGACUACCAUUUUAUUUUACAAAGGUAA